AUGUCUCUACUUGGAAGACAGACGUCGAAUCUGAGGUGUGGUAUUGUAGGUCUGGCUAAUGUCGGGAAGUCCACGCUUUUCCAGGCAAUUACAAAUUCACAUUUAGGCAAUCCUGCAAACUACCCUUUCGCAACAAUCAACCCAUUGGACUAUAGGAUUAUACUACCAAAUUCGAAACUAGAGUAUCUUCAAAAGAAAUACAGCUCGGAAAAAAUCAUCAAUUCAACGCUGACUCUAUUCGAUAUUGCAGGUUUGACAAGAGGUGCAUCCGAUGGUCAGGGACUCGGAAAUAAGUUUCUUAACGAUAUUAGAAAUGUGGAUGCGAUCUUGCAUGUCGUCAGGGGAUUUGAAGAUGAGGAAAUCAUACAUUUGGAAGAGUCAGUUAACUCCGUGCGCGAUCUCGUGCUGGUUAAUGAUGAAUUAAUCUUGAAAGAUUUGGAGUUUUUGGAAAAUGGCAUAGAGAGACUCUCUAAGAAAUUGAAAAAUAAAUCAGGAAAGCAUUCGAAUAGUAAAGAGAAUUGGCAACUGAUUGAGAUGGAAAAAGAAUUGCUAGAACUUUUACAAGAGAAUCUGUACGAGGGUAAAAAAAUCACACAAAUACAGAAAGAUUGGACCUCGGGAGAAAAUUCAAUAUUAAAUAGGUAUAAUUUUUUAACUGCAAAGCCAAGUAUCAUUUUACUAAAUGUGAACCCACAUGAAUAUAUUUUAUCGCAACUAGACCCAACAAAGAUAAAGAAUUUACAGCUUGUUCAAAAUUGGCUCAAUGAAAAUUCUCCAAAGGAUAUAGUUUUGCCCUUUAGUGGACAUUUCGAAUCUCAAUACAAUAUAUUCAAAAAUAACAAUGAUUCAAAUGGAUUUAGGAAGUACAUAUCGGAUUUAAUAAAAGAAUACGAUUUGGAAAAAGUAUCUGGAACUAAGAUUGAGGUUGACAAAAUAAAUCAUGCUAUCCCAACCAUGAUUAAAAAGACAAAAAAUAUCUUACGAUUGAUAAGUUAUUAUACCUGUGGACCAAAAGAAAUUAGGGAAUGGCUAAUAAGAGAAGGUACCCCGGCAAACGAAGCUGCUGGCGCUAUCCAUUCAGAUCUGUGUGAUACUUUCCAAAAUGCUGAAAUUAUCGCAUUGCGAGAUCUAGAACAAGCACCUCAUGAAUUAAUUAAUGAACCGUAUUUAAAAACAAAAGGUUUAAUAAAGAGAGUAGGAAAAAAUUAUAUAAUACAAAACGAUGAUAUUGCACUUUUCAGAGCUACCGCUUCUAAAAAGUAA